AUGGAUCUUGUUAACAAUAAAUAGAAGAUUCUGAUCUUAUAGAAGAUCUUCUAAUCAAUAAUAAGAUGGUUAGAAAAAAAUUAAUGCACUGUAAACCUUAUUUUCAUACAUAGGGUUGAUACGUUUAACAUAUUAAAUCACUUAUUUUUAAGAUAAAGAUGUGAUAAAAUAGAGUAAGAAAAUACUUCUCUUGAAAAUACCGAAUCAGCUUAAAUUUAUAUGGAUAAAAUAAAAUAUCACAUUAUGUGAUUACAAAUUAUAUCAAAAAUAAUGAAAUCUAAUCUUGUAGUUCCAAUAGCCUUUAUGUAAAUUGUAACCAAUAUUAAAUAUUUUCUAGUGAAAACAAACCUUAGUUUUUAAAGAAAUAAUAAACCUUCAUUUAAUUAGAAUAAGAAGUUGAAAAUUUAGUAUCACAAGUAUAAAAUGAACUAAUUAUUCAAUAACUGAAAGACUUUAAACUAAUUCCAAUUGUAUAAAAGGGAGAUAAAAUUGGAAGACAUUCUAAUAAUUAAACUUAAAUAUAAUCUUGUUAAUUCCAUAUAAUCUCAGAAAUUAUAUUAGAAGAAAGUAUUAGUAGAUUUCAUCCUAAAAUAAUAUUUUAAAAUGAGUAAGAAUUUGAUAGACUGUCCUAUAUCCAGAAAAAAACAUCAAGAUGUUACAGUUGGAAUAGAGCUUCAAUAAGAAAUUGA